AUGAGAAUACAGGAAGAAAAAAAUCUGGAGGUGGACUGUAUCUGUCAAGAGCUGCAGAAGCGCCGUGAUCCGGUGGCGGCGGCGCAACCGCCGAUGGGCGAUAAGGAGUUCUAUGAUGAUCCGGAAAUCGAGGACAACUUGAAGGUGCCGGCCCUGUUCUCGAGUCGCCGCCGCUCUUCACGACGAUCUGUUCGUUCAGCCUCUUCGGAAGAUGUCCGAUACACCAACAUCAAGACGCUCUUCAAAGAUUUUUGCAAUAGGACAAGCUCACACGGUGUUCCCUUUUUAGGGUCCCCAUCGUUCUUUGGAUGGCGUGUAUGGAUGGCAGUGUGUUUUUGUGCUGCUACUCUUUUUCUGUGCCAAACAUACUGGACACUCUCCGAUUAUUUUCCAGCUAUAGGACGCAUUAUCGAAAUGCAGUUGAGGUUCGAAGCUGCACCGUUUCCUGCUGCUACCGUGUGCAAUCUGAAUGCUUUCAAGUACAGUGAACUCAUUCAAUACGAAGACAUCAGAGAAGGGUUCGACCACUGGGAAAGAGUCAUUAACGCAAAAGAAAUGAAUGAAAUGCUUCGAAAAGACGAGGACAUGGACAUGUUGUUGGAUCUUGAUAUUCGACGGUAG